UCUGGAUUGUCUUCACUAUAAAAGAUUAGUGAAAUGGAUGCUCCUUCAGAUUUCAGCUACCUACAUACCCCUCCCAUCAAACCUUAUAGCUAUACGACAGUUGCAAAAGUUGCAAAGGAGAAUGCCUUUCAUCAUCCAAAUAAGGAGGUUUUUAUACUUAGAGAAGUGGACGGGUCAAGGUCAAGUUUGACUAAUGCUGCUUUGUACCAACAGGCUGAACAACUUGCGAGGUACCUUGUGACACAAGGAAUACAGAAAGGAGACGUUGUAGCCUUGGUAGGUCCGAAUACACUAGAGAUGGUUAUUGGAAUGUUGGGCAUAUUGACAGCUGGAGCUGUUGUCUUGAAUGUCACCAUCAACAUGAAAACAGCACUAGAUGUUAAAGAAUUAUUUCAAUUAGCGCAUGUGAAAUGCGCUCUAGUGGAUACUGGCAAAGACAAUAGUCUUCUUCCCCCAGUCAGGGCUAUGCUGCAGCACUGCAAUGUUCAGACAGAUGAAACAAACGAAGAUAGCGACAGAAAAUUUAUUCUUCUGCGCAAAGCAGACCUCCAUGAUUUCAAGACGGCGGAAUCAUUGGAAACUAUACAAUUACAAAAUCUCUCUGAAGUCGAACUUCCAUCCAUUUAUCCAGAAGAUAAUGCCAUAAUAUUCACAACAUCUGGCAGCACUGGAAAGCCUAAAAUGGUAUUUCACUCUCAUUUUGACUUUGCAAGUUAUCCGUUACCAUUAACUCCGCCUACAGCAGACUAUGAGAUCACUAUUUUCAAUGACAGACCAUUCGCAUGGAUUGGAGGAUCGCCUGUAUAUACUAUCCUUCGCAGUGAAACAAGGGUCGUCAUGGACGCAUCCAUAGCAAUGAACAGUCAAAACACAAAGCUUAUUUGGCAGAUCGUUAAAGAAGAGCGUUGUACCGACGCCUUGAUGUUGCCAUUUGUAAUUCAUGAUCUGCUUGAAUUGACAAAGACCGUUACCGAAGACGACUUCAGAUUGCAACACAUCAUUACUGGUGGUCAGAUGAUAGAUAACUGCUACACCGGAGUCAUAGGGCCAUUUUGCCACAAAAUGAUGAUUGUUUAUGCCUGUAGCGAAGGUAUAGGUAUCACUCUGAAUGGACCAAUAGGUCACGCUCAACCUCUGCUGGCCGGGGAUGUUGGCAAACCUUAUCCAGGGGUGGAGGUCCGAAUUGUUGACUUUCAAGAACUUCCAAUCGCACGGGGAUUAAUAGGAAAAAUUCAGAUUCGUUCGCGGCAAGUAAUGAAAGAAUAUUUUUGUAGUCCCAACCUGACCAAAGAGGCUUUUACAGAAGAAAGAUGGUUCAAGACGGGAGAUAUUGGCAAAAUUUCGGUAGAUGGAAAUCUCAUUCUUCUUGGGAGAGAAAAUGAUGCUAUAUCAAGGGGAACACGCAAAAUAUAUCCUAGCAUGCUGGAGUUCCUAUUGAAGCAAAUGAAGUCGAUCAAAGAAGUUUCUCUGGUACCUGUACCUGACAAAAGACUGUAUGAAGAGAUCUGUGUGUGUUUUGUGUCUUCUGGACAACUUACUUCGCAUGAUGUUCAGAAUUACUGCAAGCAGAACUUGUUCAAGGAAAACACCGUCGAUAGCCUUGGUGAAAUUCCGACAUAUUUCUUGCAGUUUGAAACCUUUCCAAAGUUACCUUCUGGAAAGCCAGACAAGAAAGCGAUACAGAAGGAUGCUACUGUAAGGUUAAGCCUGAUGGGAGAAGUUGUUAAUUCAAACUAG